UUCGUAAGACAUACGAACUGAGUGGUAUGUGUGUUAAUCUUACUAUUAAUAAAUAAUAAAAUUUGAGGACAUCGAGUCUUGGAGAUGAGGAACGCCGCAGGCCGCUAGCUAUGUACGGAAUGUCGGAGACCGUCGACGCCACCGCUCCCGUCGAGGUCGACGCUGAGAGGACCGCUUUUCGAAGGACUGAGAAGUUAUACAAGCUUUACAAAACUGAAGCUCCCAAACGUCGAAAAAACCUGGCACAUAGGAAGACGGAUCUCUCUGGUGUUGUUGAUUUCCAUUCCGUUCUCAAAUCAUUCAGACAAGAUGGCGCAACUCCUGCUGGGAUCUUCAAGUACGAGUGCAAGGGUUUCAGACUACCAGUUUUCUGUUUCGAAAAACGCCCAG